AGGCUGCGCCAGGGCCUUUCUGCUGGUGGCCUUUCAGUCGCCGUUCACCGCCAGCGGCCCAGCCACUCACCCCGCGGUGCUGCCCUGCGCGGCUGAGGACGGAGGGGCGGGGGGAGGCAGCGGCGCUUCCUCCUCCGCCCGCUCCCCGCCCCGGGGCCGCGCCCGCCGGCAGGUGAGCCCGGCGGGAGGCCCAGCCGGGUCCGCGGGCCAUGGCGUACCGGGAGCUGGUGAGGCGCUGGCACCAGGGCGUGCUGGCGGCCGACGGCGGGGACUGGGACGGCGCCCUGGAGAUCUUCGGCGGGAUCCCGGAGCCGCCGGCCCGCAUCUGCUUCAACAUGGGCUGCGUGCAGCUGCUGGCGGGGCGGCCCGGGGAGGCGCUGCGGGCAUUUGAUAAAACCCUUGCAAAGGACAACUCCUUAGCCGUUGGCUUCUUUCAGAGAGGGUUCGUCCAUCUGCAGCUGGAAAUGUAUGAAGAAGCUCUCUCUGACUAUCAAAUGGCCUUCAGCCAUCUAAGAAAAAAUACCUUCAUCGAUUACAAGCAGCUGGGCCUGAGGCACAUACUGUACGCAUGGGAGGUGCUGUACAGCACGGCAGCAGCGCAGUGCCGGCUGCGGCAGUGGCAGGAGGCCAGAGCCACCCUGGAAAAAGCCGUUGUGUGGAGGCCUGAGGGAAGAACAGCAAUCCUGGACAUGGCCCUCGAGCACGUGCAGGACUGUCUGUUUUUAGAGCCUAUGCAGGUUCCUCUCGGGGAAUUUUUCAGACCACGGAAGAAGGAAGUUGAACAGCUGGAUUCAAAAGAUUUCCUGGGUAAACCCAAGGUGAUCUCGUCCAUCAUUCCCAACGAUGAGUACUUUGGCUUCGAGCCUCUCAGACAUCAGAAACAGGGCUUUUACGAACCCAGUGCUGAUGCUCUGCGAGACGGUGAAUCAGGCUACUACCGAGUUUCGUCCCAGUAUUACCCUGAGGGCUCGGAGAAGCUGGCAGUGAAAGGCGGCAGUUUGGUGUUUGUGCUGGCAAGAGGAGGGGAUGGCUGGGCCACAGCCAUUCACGAUGGGCAGAAGCUGCACAUACCCAGCUCUCUCCUGGAACCUGUCUCGAAGAUGGAUAAAUGGAUCAGCAAUGGGAUUCCCCUCCCUCCUGCCCAGGUGCCUCCCAGCCGACUCCACGUGAAGCAGAACCCAGGUAACCCAGAAUCUCCUGGGGGAGAAAAUGCCUCUGCAAAUGAUGCUGGUGCCCAAAUGGACGUAAAGCAGAUCCCACCAACCCAAGGAGAAGCUUCACCCAGCCCGGACAGACCCGUCUUGCUGCGAGUGCGCUGCGAGUGCUCCGUGGUGGUGCGGGCGGGCGAGGUGCCGUCACUGCCGGAGCUGCGGGCUCUGCUGAGGGAGCGGUUCGGGCUGCAGGCAGAGCGAGGAGAGCUGAGCUACAGACAUUCGGAUGGCAAAGAACUGGGUGCAGUUUCAGGAGAGGAGGAUCUACAGAAGAUGUGGCAGCAGCUGACAGAUGGCCGGCUGACGCUCUGCUGCCAGGACUCGGACUCCCACUCAGGCAGACCUGUCCUCUAUCGGAUGCUGGCUCGGCACUCGUACUUCGCACAGGGACCAGGGGACCUGGAGUUCAGCAAGGGAGACGUGCUGGACAUCCUCUCCGAAGUGAACGAGGACUGGCUCGAAGGACACUGCAAUGGUCAGACUGGCAUCUUCCCCAAGUGCUUUGCAACCCAGACCAGCUGUGACGCCACCUUCCUAUAGCGAACAGGAGCCUUUUCCUGCCAACUGCUUGGUCUCUGAGGGGUGGGAGACACCAGUCCCAGCUCAUCUGAGCCACAGCCCGGAGCUCUGCUGAACCUGCACAGAUGUCCCACACUGCCAGACCCCAUGGGCUCGGUUCCAGCAGUCCCACAGCAUUUUCUACAGCCUCUUCCAAGAACUGGCAUUUUUACUUCUGGGCUUACGCUGCUAAAGAUGUGCUUGUGCAGGGCUGAGAGAAGCAAGAGGGAUUUGGUGUUUGGCCAUGGGAAAUGUCCAUGUGGCAGCUCAGAGCACAGGGGCUCAGAUUGCUGGGUGGGAAGAGGUUCCUCUGGAUGGACGUUGUCACCCCCUCCCUUGUUGCUCAAGCUCAGGCUGGGAAGGCUGAGCCUCACUCUAAGGAAGCCACAGACAGCCCUCUGUGAGCAGGAGACAGAGCCCUGUUCCCCGGGCCUUUGGGCCACUUAUCCUUAUCUCCACCAGAUGGAAAUCACAGAAUCACAGAACAGUUUGGGUUGAAGAGACCUUCCCAGCUCCCCCAGUGCCCCCCCUGCCAUGAGCAGGGACAUCUUCACCAGCUCAGGUUGCUCAGAGCCCCGUCCAGCCUGGCCUGGGAUGUCUCCAGGGAUGGUUCAGCCACCACCUCUCUGGCCAACCUGGGCCAGGCUCUCACCACCCUCAGGGCAACAAUUUCUUCCUCAUGUCCAGCCUGAAUCUCCCUCCUUUAGUUUAAAACCAUCACCCCUUGUCCUAUCACAACAAGCCAUGCUCAAAAGUCUGUCCCCAUCUUUCUUAGCAGCCCCUUUUAAGCCCAGAAAGGCCGCACUAAGGUCUCCCCAGAGCUUCUCUUCUCCAGCUGAACACCCCAGCUCUCUCAGCCUGUCCCCCAGCAGAGCUGUUCCAGCCCGGUGUAUAUCCUGGUGGCCUCCCCUGGCCUCUCUCCUCUUUCUCUCAUCUCCAAGAGGUGCUGCUCUCUGGGAAGCCCCUGUCACCAGUUUGCAGUGGGCUGUAUGGGACAACACCUACGUUAGGACCGCCGUGGGUCAUCAUCCACAGCAAAUACUCCAUGGACCUGCCAGAGCUAUGAGCACCCCUCAGCCGAGAUGCCUCCAGUUUUUUUCUUAAACCCUUAAUUCCUGCCUGGAUGUUACUGCUUCAUGCUGUGAGGGGAUGUAGCUGUGAACCUGCUCAGAGCAGCCCUGGGCUUUGGCAGAGCCCCGGUGGGGCUGGGGAGAGCGCUGGCUGGAGCUGGAGGGACUGAAAUGUCUGUCUGGUUCCUACAGCUGAGCUGUGCUGGGCUCUGCUCCCUGCUAGGAAUUUGGUAUCUGACAAAGCUGGGCUAUGUAACUUGAAUAUAAAAUAAACCGUGAGCCAGAGUUGGCAGCUCUUAAA